AUGCAUUUGUUACCCACUUCCUUGUUUGCGGCCCUUGUUUUGUCAUGGUCGGCCAUGGCGGCCGGCGUAUCUCGCGCAACGAGCAGCCCACAGAACCAGCUCCUGUUGUCAGGCUGCGCCGACGACGCUGGCUUCAGCAGCUGCCAAAAGGAAGCUAAUGAGCAUCUGGAUAAGUGUUUGCAAACCGCCAAAGCCAACGGAAAUACAAAGACGGAAAUCCUGUCUUGUGGGUGUACAUUCUACACGGAAAAUAUCAACUGCGCCGCCACAUCCUGCUGGAAUAAGGUCUACGAAUGCAACUAUCAAAUAUUCGUGACCGGAUUCCUCGCCAACUGCCCAGUUGCAAAAGCCCCCAUCCCGUAUUUCCCCAUCCCUGCUGGCGCUCAGGAUGCAUGCUCGUGCAACUUGGGUAAAAUCUUCUUGGAGACCUCCUUGGCCAUCCAAGAGAGCGCAACCUGUUCAAACAGCGCCAAAGGAGGCGACGCCUCGGCCAACGUGCAGAUUAUCCAGGGCUGCAUUUGCUGUGAGAUUAGCGCAGCCUUGUCCAGCAUUGUUGCGACAUGCCCAGACACCGACCCGAAUCUUGUUGGUCUGGAGGCUGCCCACACUCUCCAGACCAACAUGAAUACACCAUUCAACUCAUGCGGGAAAUACCUGUCGUCGUUUGACUGUGUGUCUCAACUUGGGUUCCAAAAGAUUGGUGGUGGCUCGUUUUACACACCCAAUAAUCUUCCAGCGUUUGGCAAGCAGCCACUAACAAACACAGGAGGCUCGGUCACCACUCCAGGCAACGGACCUAGCUUCCGCUGGACAAACGCGGCUGAUGGGAAAACAUACACCAUCAACGCCGCUGGCCUGGGCAAGGCGCAAGGCUCCGGGAAUAGUGGCUCAAACCAGGGCAACAACAAUGGUGGAGGCUCGUCCACAUCAAACAGCAAAAGCACCGCUUCUAGAACCAAUCCGACUCUCCUUUCGUGGGCGGUUGGCGCUGUGUUAUUCGCUGGGGCGACUGCUUUAGCUGAACACAUUUGCGGCUUUUAG